GCCCGCCCCCCGCGGCCGCGGCGAGGCUGGCUCUGGGAAGAGGAAGAAGAACAUUCGCCCUCCUCCUACCAGCGCGCGGGCGGCGGCGGCGGCGGCGGCACCGGGGUCACGAACUCUGACCUUUCACUGACAAAAACAAUAACAAACCCCUCCUUCCCCGCGACCCCGGCGGCGCCUCCGGGCCCGCCCUCGCCGCCCCGCUCCCCCCUGGGCGUCUCGUCUCUCGCCCGCUGACCUGCGAGCCCGCGGCCCGGGGCUCCCGCCAUCCACCGACGCCGGGAAGCCGGCCUCCCCGCGCCCUGCCCUCCGCGCCGGGGGCCGCCCGCCGCAGACACGGGACCUGCUUCGAGGUCGCUUUGGCGCCAAAUCCUGAGGUUCUCUAAUGAUCUUGCUUCACCAUGGCUACAAAUAUGGAGGGGCUGGUUCAGCACAGAGUGGGGACCCAGCAGGUGGCUGAGGUACCACGUACACAGACUUCUCGGCCGGAAUCUCCAGGGAUGACCAGCCCCUCCCCGCGCAUCCAGAUAAUCUCCACUGAUUCUGCGGUAGCCUCACCUCAGCGCAUUCAGAUCGUGACAGACCAGCAGACAGGACAGAAGAUCCAGAUAGUCACCGCAGUGGACGCCUCCGGAUCCCCCAAGCAGCAGUUCAUCCUGACCAGCCCAGAUGGAGCUGGAACUGGGAAGGUGAUCCUGGCUUCCCCGGAGACCUCCAGUGCCAAGCAGCUCAUAUUCACCACCUCGGACAACCUCGUCCCUGGCAGGAUCCAAAUCGUCACGGACUCUGCUUCUGUGGAGCGUCUCCUGGGGAAGGCCGACGUCCAGCGGCCCCAGGUGGUAGAGUACUGUGUGGUGUGUGGCGACAAAGCCUCAGGCCGUCACUAUGGGGCUGUCAGUUGUGAAGGUUGCAAAGGUUUCUUCAAAAGGAGCGUAAGGAAAAAUUUGACCUACAGCUGCCGGAGCAAUCAAGACUGCAUAAUCAAUAAACACCACCGGAACCGCUGUCAGUUUUGCCGGCUGAAAAAAUGCUUAGAGAUGGGCAUGAAGAUGGAAUCUGUGCAGAGUGAACGGAAGCCCUUUGAUGUGCAGCGGGAGAAACCAAGCAAUUGUGCUGCUUCAACGGAGAAAAUCUAUAUCCGGAAGGACCUGAGAAGUCCUCUGAUAGCCACACCAACAUUUGUGGCAGAUAAAGAUGGAGCAAGACAAACAGGUCUUCUUGAUCCAGGGAUGCUUGUGAACAUCCAGCAACCUUUGAUACGUGAGGAUGGUACGGUUCUCCUGGCCACAGAUUCCAAGGCUGAAACAAGCCAGGGAGCCCUGGGCACACUGGCGAAUGUAGUAACUUCCCUUGCCAACCUAAGUGAAUCCCUUAACAAUGGUGACACUUCAGAAAUGCAGCCAGAGGACCAGUCUGCAAGUGAGAUUACUCGGGCAUUCGAUACCUUAGCUAAAGCACUUAACACCACAGACAGCUCCUCGCCUCCAAGCCUGGCGGACGGGAUAGACGGCAGUGGAGGAGGGAGCAUCCACGUCAUCAGCAGAGACCAGUCCACACCCAUCAUUGAGGUCGAAGGCCCCCUCCUUUCAGACACUCACGUCACAUUUAAGCUCACGAUGCCCAGCCCGAUGCCCGAGUACCUCAAUGUGCACUACAUCUGCGAGUCCGCGUCCCGCCUGCUCUUCCUCUCCAUGCACUGGGCCAGGUCCAUCCCGGCCUUUCAGGCACUUGGGCAGGACUGCAACACCAGCCUGGUGCGGGCCUGCUGGAACGAGCUCUUCACCCUCGGCCUGGCCCAGUGCGCCCAGGUCAUGAGCCUCUCCACCAUCCUGGCUGCCAUCGUCAACCACCUGCAGAACAGCAUCCAGGAAGAUAAACUUUCUGGCGACCGGAUAAAGCAAGUCAUGGAGCACAUCUGGAAGCUUCAGGAGUUCUGUAACAGUAUGGCGAAGCUGGAUAUAGACGGCUAUGAGUAUGCAUACCUUAAAGCUAUAGUUCUCUUUAGCCCCGAUCAUCCAGGUUUGACCAGCACAAGCCAGAUUGAAAAAUUCCAAGAAAAGGCACAGAUGGAGUUGCAGGACUAUGUUCAGAAAACCUACUCAGAAGACACCUACCGGUUGGCCCGGAUUCUCGUCCGCCUGCCAGCACUCAGGCUGAUGAGCUCCAACAUAACAGAAGAACUUUUUUUUACUGGUCUCAUCGGCAAUGUUUCAAUAGACAGCAUAAUCCCCUACAUCCUCAAGAUGGAGACAGCAGAGUAUAACGGCCAGAUCACCGGAGCCAGCCUAUAGCGCACACCUCACACCUGCCGAGGAGCACAGGAUCCGCCCAGGACCGCUCAAAUACAAAGAAAAUAAAGUAGUGGUAUUUUGGUAUGUGCAAAUAUUUCCAGUAUCUUCUUAGCUAUUUCCUACCUGGUUUCUUCUUAUCUGUUAAUCCCAGACAGUAGCACCUAAAAGACUAGUAGGAUCCUUUCCUGCCAUAAGAAAUGUUUUAAUGCCUUUUGAUGAAGCAGCAGAUUUUGGAACAACCUUUUAACUCAAGUUUUUAUUUAGAAAUUCUCAAAGGGCAAAAAACAAAAGCAAAGUUUUAUAAUGUCAGACUAGUUAAAGAAAACUAAAAGAACCUAAGAGAACAACAGUAUGUGUGUAUAUAUUAAAAAUGUCCUUGGAAUUAAUAGCUACUAAUUACCAGGGUAAUGAUAUUAGCACUUUCUAAGCACUUGUUAUCAAUGUGUAAUGUUAGCAACAUCUUGCCUAUGUGCAGGGCAAAUGGAAAACUGUGUAUGUCUUUUUGCCGAAAUACUAAUGAUUUCUGUGAAAAUGCAAUAGGGUUACAGGAGACAAUCAUUUAUGCUUAAGGAAGGACUUCCUAACUGUACGCACAUAUUGCUGGUGUAGAGCUAAAUUCCCGGGAAUGAAUGAAGAUGCAGCUUAUCUGUACGUGCAGUCAGGGGGAGUGUGGUGGCACAAUCGUGGUGACCCGAAUUCGAAGCUUCCUCAGCCACAGCUGAUGCUUGUCGGGUUCCCUGACCUCUGGUCCUGGUCUGUGACGGGCAUCUGCAGGCUACUCUGAACUCGGGGCUCUUCUGAUGACUGGUUCUCAGAAUUGGAUUAAACCAGUCAGAUGUUAACUGCCAAUUCCUGCAGCAACUGAAAACAUCCCCGAAUCACCUCCACCACUCACAGCAGUUGGAGCGUUCUGACCAAAAAGUGCAAGGUGAGCAUUCUGAACCCUUGCCGGGACCUCCCGACUACAGUGUGGGGCGGUUGCAUGUUUUUCAGGUGGAGGAGUGCGAGGAGGGCUCCCUUCUCAGCAGUUUUCAUCCCAAAUGCCCCUUGGGAAGGGCCUGUGUUCCUGCACUUCGGUCCGAACCGGGAGGUGGACUGUGGUGCGGGUCUUGCUGCCUGCCCAGGCAGCAGCUGUGGUGGAGCUGAGUGGCACGUUUCUCAGUGUCUCCAGGCUCAGCACCUCUGUCGGCAGGUCUCUCAAUGAUCCUGGCACACCACGCACUUGGGUUCCCCCGGGUUGUGCCAGCAGACGAACUCUGGAGUGUUUCACAUGAUGGGUGCAGAAAGAGGCUGCCUGCUCCUUAAAAGCAACCUUUAAUCCCCAAAGUUACCAUCUUCUUUCUCCUUGUAAGUGAUAGCGACCAUCGUUUACAAGAACAGAAUGCGGUUAUUGGGAAGUUUAGCCGGAGAAAAGCGCCCAUAGUUCCCCUGGUUGUGAAGAAGCAGCACACAUUUCCAUUUGGGAAAAGUAGCAAGGCUGCAUCAGGUACCUGUACUUUCUUUCUGUGUAGCCCAGAUUAAGAAAAUACAGUGUGAGGCUAAACUUUUAUUUCUUGAACCUUUUGAUCAGAUGAUACCCCAAAAGACCCCAGUGCACUCACUCCCCUGCCUCCAGGCAUCCACGGCCGUGUAAAGCGGAGGAGAGCAAGGUGGGUGCCUCGUGUGCUGCGCGUGGGUGCUGGGCCGCCGCCACGGGCUCACGGCAAGACGGGACUCUAUUCCGAAGUUGUUGGUGGCACUUAUGGAAGUCAUUAGUGGGAAUUAGUGGGAACAGUGUCUCCAACUUGGAAAUUCCUGUUUGGAUCUGAUUAUAUCAUUUAUCGUUCAUGCCUUGGGAGCAAAUUUUGGAGAAUAGUGGGGGUACCUGUUAUAAAAUAAUGGGAAGGAUUUAAUUUUGACAGCUUAAAUUUCUGGUUUUCUACCUUUGAAGUGAUUUAAGUUUCAAAAUUAAGGCAAAAAGUGGCUAAGGAUUUUCGCAGAGGGCAUUUUGUAGCAGCACUUGUGUGCAUCUUACAUAGCAAGUUGCCUGUUUCUCUGUUCUUUUGACUUUGGAUGUAAGCAUGUCUGUUGAUCCUGUAGCAGCUCCCUGGGAACACAUAUUGUGUCACAUCUUUCAGGUCUGAGUUCUCGGUGAUGGUGAAAAGGUCCGCACUGGCUGGCUGCCCUGGGCGUCCUGUGUCUGUGAGGCUUGUACACUCAGGUUGCUUUAAGGUAUGAGGGCAGCUUAGCCAAGACCUAGACUGAAGUCUGUGCUGGGAACAGAAGGUGGUACCAGCAGGGAGACAGUGAACACCUGGAUAAGUACAUGCCCCACGCCAGCAGGCCGGCCCGGGAGAAAAGUCGAUUCUAAGCCGGUCCUGCUCCCUGAGUCCCUUCGCUGCUGAUGGCUGAUUCUAGUGGACCAUUUUGGGCUCUGAACACUCCUCAUUAGUUUCCUAGAUCCCCUUGGCCUUACUUUGAAGUGACCUUUUCCUUAAAAAUCGGCUC